GUAAAUACGCAUGAUGUCACUGUCCAUUGUAUACCGGGCACUGUAAACACAAAACUCUGAACACCCCUCUUGAAUAAAAUGGAUUCUACCACCUGUGCUUGCGUGGCUUCGAGUGCGUUCGUUUUCAGGUGUCGGUUCACCAGGGUGCGUGAUGAUCUGAGGGAAAACAGAAAAAGCGGUAGAUUGCAUGAAUUUCUGGUCAAAAACAUUAUGGAGCUGUUAGGAUUUGACGUGUCAGUGACUUGGCUGCUGGUCAUUGGGUUCGUUCUCUUGGCCGUUUGGUAUGAUUGGUGGUGUCACCAGUAUUUCCAGAGGCGUGGCAUCCCUGUAGCCGACUACAUUCCUUUCUUUGGGAACCUACUGCAAUUUCGUCAUGGAAUUCAGAAGACGUUCACCGAGUACGUGAAGAAGCACGGAAGAGUCGUCGGGUUGUAUAGUUUUCGAAAUCCAUUUCUGAUCAUCACUGAUCCUGACAUUUUGAAAAAUGUCUUGGUCAAGAAUUUCUCCAGUUUCUACAACAGGAGGAGAUUCCCACUUGGGCAAAAGCCCUUGAACAGAGGCUUGACUCGGCUUAUGAACGAGGAAUGGAAAGAGGUACGCAACGUCAUCACUCCGUCGUUCAGUGCCUCCAAAAUGAGACUGAUGUCGGAGACGAUCAAUGAAUGUUGUGAUACCUUGGUGGCAAGUUUCAGCAAGGCCCAGGAGGGAGGAAAAUCCGUCGACUGCAGAGUGUUGUUUGGUGGUUUCACCAUGGACGCCAUUGCGAGGUGUGGAUUCGGCCUCAAAGUUGAUUCCCAGCAGGACAAGGAUGAUCCUUUCGUCAAGAACGCCAAGAAGGCCUUGGAUUUCAACCUGUUCAAUCCCGCUCUCAUGAUCGUCUCCGCCUUCCCUGCGCUGUCGCCCGUCUUCAAUUAUCUCAAAUUCGACAUGUUCGAUCCGGAAGUUAUCAAAUUUUUCAUGAACGUCACGGAGGCCGCGUGCAACAUGCGCAGACGGGAGGGUCAGGAUGCGACAAAGGGCAUCGAUUUGCUGCAGCUGAUGCUGAACGCCCACGAGGACGAGGAUCACGAGGAGGAAGACACGCCCACUGCAGAGAGCGGUCAGAAAAAAGGCGCCGCCCAUCGCAGACCACUGUCAACAGUGGACGUCAUGGCACAGGCUAUCAUCUUUUUCCUGGCUGGUUAUGAGACUACCAACACGCUGCUGAGCUUCACUGCCUACCUGCUGGCUACCAACCAAGACACGCAAGAGAAACUACACGCUGAGAUUGACAACCUCGCUCCCACACGUGACAACCUCGGCUAUGACGUCAUCAGCAAGAUGGAGUACCUGGACAUGGUGAUCAAUGAAUCACUGCGCAUGUAUCCCCCAGCAGUCAUAUUUGAUCGUAUGUGCAACGAGACAAUUACCUACGAAGGUCUUACCAUCGAAAAGGGUAUGGUCGUGUUCGUCAGUCUCUGGACCUUACAUUACGACGAGGAAUUCUGGCCUAAUCCGACCAAAUUUGACCCAGAAAGAUUUAGCCCUGAGAACAAGGCCUCCAUCAAACCGUGCACCUACAUGCCGUUUGGCUUCGGUCCUCGUAACUGCAUCGGUAUGCGCUUUGCCUUGCUGGAAGCCAAGAUGGCGCUGGUCCGUAUGAUGCAGCAGUAUCGUUUCGAUGUCUGCUCUGAAACCGAGAUCCCACCCAAGCUUGGUAAGAUGGGCUUCCUUGCUCCGAAGAGUCUGAAGCUCAGUGUAGUCCCAAGAAACUAGGCUGCCUUAAGGAGAUUUAAAGACGUUCAUGUUGUAUGUAAUAAAUUGUCAUUAUGUUUUAACCAUUGCAAGCUCUUGGAAUAGGCAAUACCCAACACAGCUAUUUACCUCCUUGCAUCCUGGUUGCCUGAAAUCAUUGCCUGGCUGCUCUUCCUUCAACUUGAAGGCCAUUGAGGUGAAUACACAAUUCGGCCCGUCGUCUCACAUCAGCAUUAAUUAAUAGUAUGCCACAGAUCACUAAGAUUCAUAUCAGCACUUAUCCUAAUGAUCAGUAUGGACCACAUAAUUAUGAAUGGGAUUGAAAUGGGAUUUGGAAUGGUAAUAAAUUGAGGCACAAUGAACACGACUUACAAUUAUUGAUUAGCUCCACAUUAAUGAAAUUUGCAUGAUCUAUUCAGAUUAGCCGUGACAUAAUUCUGGUAAAAUAAAUUUUGGCCACCCUUAUUCUAUUUCUGAGAAAAUUGACUUUGAUAAAAAAGGCGUCUUUUUACUCGGCCUGUAUUUUGCUCGUAAAAUGCAACAUAGAAUAGCAAAAUUAUUUCAAGGGUCAGAGGCCACGAAAGUGUUGAUUGGAUUUUUAUAUAUAUUAAAAGUUCAUAUGAACUGACAACAAAUUAAUGUACUGGUCACAUACUGUGUACUUAAUUAUAAUGUUUUACCAUGUUCGGUCAAUUUAGCUUCUCAAUUCAUUCAUAUAAUACCCACAGUACUACAAGGAAAAAAUCUGUAUGUUAAUUAUAGUAGAACGUCAUUGUCCAAAAAUAGUGUUGUCCAACGUGGCACUUUAUAUUGGAAUAGUCUGGAUGACUCUUUUAAAUCAUCAUCCACUCUCUCUCUUUUUCAUUAAUUUUUCAAUUGCAUACUUAAACAAUGUAAUAGGCAAUUUA